UUUCUAUUCUUAGAAUAUAUAUCAAAACAAAUAGAAGCAUUGCACACCAUGAGAGCACCAGCCAUGUUAAGGAGCUUCACCUUAAGGCAGUUUCAGCCAAGGGUGCUGCCCGUGGCGGUGGCCCCUUUGCCGGAAAAAACCCGAUUCGACCGGGAACUCACGGCAGAGCUUGACAACCUUAGGUCACAAGGCACUGAUGGUGGUGAAAUUGGAUUAGCUCAGUUGCUUGAUGCUGCCAUCACCACUCAGAAAAUUGCCUUGGAUUCUUUUGUGAACAUUUCUUAUAUAGAUGAUGCUGACCGUGGGGCUGUUGAUAAGUACCUAGAAGAAAACGUUGAGAUUCUUGAUGCAUGCAAUUACUUUAUGGACAAAAUGGAGAACAUCAAUGAGUAUGUGGACUCACUAAGAGUGGUUGUACAUUUGGUUGAUAGUGGUAGUGCCAAGCCUAAUGCUGUGGCAGCAACGCGUGCAUUGGAACUUUUGGAGUCAUGUCAAAGUAUAGAAAAGAGAUGCAAAUCAAUGGGGAACCGUGUUGGCUCUUGUUUCAAGAAAUUGUUGAAGCAAAAGCUAUGUCAUGAAACAGAACUCAAUGAGAUCAUGUGUGGUUCUAAGGCCAUGGCCUUGUUAUGUUGCAGGUUUCUUGAAAUUGGUCUUUCAUUUGAUUCAAAAAGUGGAUUCUUCCCCACAAUGAAACAGUCUCAGCCUACUAGUUCUUCGUGGUUGAAGUUGGUUCUGGAGUUGGCAAAGCAAGCAGAAGGAAGUGCUGAGAAGAAGCUGCAGAAAAGGAGAUAUUGUUUGUUGAUGAAUGAGUUGCAGCAGACAGUAACUGCAGCUCGAGAUUUGAAGGAGCAGAUUAAGGGUAAAAGGGAAAUGGAGAUGAAAUAUGCUGUUGAGAGACUAAAGAUAAGUUGCAGGGAAUUGGAGGAUGUGGUUGAGAUUAUUGAGGGAAGAGUAAAAGAUUUGUAUAAAAUUUUGAUUGAUGUUAGGAUGACUUUUUUGGGAAUUAUUUCCCAGACUUACAAUUUUUAAAUCUGAUUAGAAAUUAGAAUAGCUAGGAAGCUUUGACAGGAAUAAUGCCACUUUGCUGACAGUUACUAAUGUACAUAUUUUAUCUUGGAUUUAUUCACGAUAUAAUUU